AGUUUCUAAGUCAACGUGACUUCGACGUCAUCGUAUGAGAUUGCAACGGUUGGGGGGAAGGGAAAAUUUUUCAGUGUUUGCGUGUAGUUUAUAGUACAAUUGUACAACGAUCCUCUGAGUGCCAAGAAAAAAAAGCCGGUUUGAGUGCAAAGGAAAUAGAAGCUACCGCUCCAUUUCAGAAGCAAGAAGCACUAAAUCCCAUUAGCAUUCGCAACGUUCCAGUUGCUAAGCAUAGCGGGACACAUACUAUAUAUUACCUCUGUGUGCUCUGAAUUGACCUAGUAGUCAUCAAUCAGCACAGAUGGUGUCACGAUUUCGAGUUAAGAAGCUUUCCCCCAAGCACCCGCUCACUAUCUACAAAGAGUCUCAACUCCCUGACAUCCAUGACAUUGGGAACCUUCAACGUGCAGUACCUCUGAUAGAGACUGGCGUUGAUAAGGACGAGGAAGACGAGGUUAGUACUGUCUGUUUAACGAUUUUUUUCCCAUGAGCCUUUGUGGGCCCAUAGAGCCUCUUGGUUUGUCCGUCUUGGUCUGGCAUGCUGCUGCGGUGGUUGCUGAGUUUUUAUAAUACUCUAUAUACAUCCCU